AUGAACCUGGAAUACUUACCUGAAAUGCUUGCAGUAUUUAUGAUGGCCAACCUAAUUCUCUGUGAGUCGGGAGAACAUGCAGAUAGAAAGGCAGAUCUAACCUGCAACGAAAUCCACAACGGCACAAACGAGGGAACAAUUCACAACCCAAUGUACCCGGACAAUGAUCAUGGUUACAAAUUCUGCAAUUAUCAGAUUACGGUUCCCUCCAACAAUCAAGUUGCUCUGAGCUUCCCUGAGUUUAAAUCUAAGUAUUACGACAUGGCCAUCUUUGUGUUCGACGGCCCCGAUUGUAUGUCCCGAUGGAUCGGAUACGUGUAUCGCUCAUAUAUAUAUCCAUACACUUCGCCUGGAAACAGUAUCACAGCAUUGCUGACUGUUCAAAAUGGAGCUGAGGUUUGGGGAUUCAAAGGAAAUUAUUCUACAGGCCGAAAACAUUGCUAUGUGAUUACGGACUGUUUAGGUCACUGA